AUGUUGGUCAAAGUGAACCAACUUUCUGUUGACACAGUGGUCUUUGAAGACGUAGUUGUGGAUUUCACGCUGGAGGAGUGGGCCUUACUGAAUCCUGCUCAGAGAAAACUCUACAGAGAUGUCAUGCUGGAGACCUUCAAGCGCCUGGCCUCAGCUCAACUUAAAGCCAAUGGGUCCAUUUCUCAGCAGGAUACUUCUGGAGAAAAAUUAUCCCUCAAACAGAAAAUAGAAAAGUUCACAGGAAAGAAUAUAUGGGCCUCCCUUUUAGGAAAAAAUUGGGAAGAACAUAGUGUUAAAGACAAGCACAACACCAAGGAGAGACAUUUGAGCAGAAAUCCAAGGGUGGAGAGACCAUGUAAAAGCGGUAAAGGUAACAAACAUGGAGGAAACUUCAGAAAGACUCGAAAUUGUAAUCGUCAUCUGUGCAAGAAUCAUCGUACUGGUGUAAGACGGUACGAAUGCAGUCAGUGUGGAAAACUCUUCACCCAUUCUUCAUCCCUGAUGAGGCACAAAAGAGCUCACUCUGGACAAAAAUUAUAUAAAUGUAAAGAAUGUGGGAAAGCCUUCAGUCGCCCUUCCUACCUACAGACGCAUGAGAAAACUCACAGUGGAGAGAAACCCUAUGCCUGUCAAUCUUGCGGGAAGACAUUUCUUCAUUCCCACUCUCUCACUGAACAUGUAAGGACUCACACUGGAGAGAAACCCUAUGAAUGUGGGCAGUGUGGGAAAGGCUUCAGUUGUCCCAAAUCCUUUCGCGCGCAUGUGAUGAUGCACGCCGGAGGGAGACCGUAUGAGUGCAAGCACUGUGGGAAAGCCUUCAGGUGUCAGAAAUCCUUUUGAGUCCAUAUGAUGAUGCACGCCGGAGGGAGACCAUAUGAGUGCAAGCAGUGUGGGAAAGCCUACUGCUGGGCAACAUCCUUUCAACGACACGUGAGAAUUCACAACGGGGAGAAACCCUAUAAAUGUGAAAAAUGCGGGAAAGCGUUCGGUUGGCCCUCAUCCUUACACAAACACGUGAGAACACACGCUAAAAAGAAACCUGUGAGUGGGGGCAGCGUGGGAAAGCCUUCCGCGAGGCCUCGUCCCUCCACAGAUGUCAAAUUGCAAACUAGAGAGAAAGUCUAUAAAUGUGAAAUGUGUGGGAAAACGUAUGGUUGGUCGUCAUCUUUACACAAACAUGAGAGAAAGCACACGGGAGAGAAACCUGUAAAUGCAGCCAGUGUGGGAAAACCUUCAAGCGGGCUUUGCUCUUCCAAAAAUGUAAGAACGCAGUUUGGACAGAAGCCCAGUAAAUGCGAAAAAUGUGGGAAAGCUUUCACUUGUCCCAGAGCCUUUCACGGUCAUGUGAGAAGUCACACAGGAAAGAAACCCUGUACAUCUAAGUAACGGGAAAACCUGUGCAAAUCAAUUCACAUAUCACGGUUCAGAAAAUUCACAGCAGGAGGGCCGGGCGUGGUGGCUCACGCCUGUAAUCCCAGCACUUUGGGAGGCCGAGGUGGGCGGAUCACGAGGUCAGGAGAUCGAGACCAUCCUGGCUAAAUGCCAGGAUUUGGUGAAACCCAUCUCCUAAUAACCCCAUCUCUACUAAACCCCAUCUCUACAAAAAAAAAAAAAAAAAAAAAAAGGCAUGGUGGCAGGCUCCUGUAGUCCCAGCUGCUCGGGAGGCUGAGGCAGGAGAAUGGCAUGAACCCGGGAGGCGGACCUUGCAGUGAGCCGAGAUGGCGCCACUGCACUCAAGCCUGCGUGACAGAGUGAGACUCCGUCUCAAAAAAAAAAAAAGAAAAUUCACAGCAGGAGAAGAAUCUCAUGACAUUUAUAAAUAUGGUAUUGCCUUUAUCAGGACCACAUCCUAAAAGUGGGCCUCCAGCAAAUGAAUUUGCAGUUCUCUUGCAGAUAAAGUUGAGGGGAGAAUCCUGUAAGUCCUCUCUCAUCUAUAGUACUGAAAUUUUGAUACAUAAUGCUUUUUUCUUAUAAAUUACUAAUGUUUCUCUUUUCAUUUAGAAGUGUAUUGCACCCAUGGGUGAUUUGAAAUGUAUUUUAAUAUGCAUUAACUUUAAUUUUUAUAUAAUUUUUUUGUUACUCUGUGUGAGGCCAUUAGACCAAUGAAAUAUUGGUGUUGGCAUUUUCUGACUGGCCCUGUGUGUUCCAAGCUGGAUAUUACUUACAUGUUACUUUUAUUCUACCUUUCCAUUUUACAGGGAAAAACUAUUUUUAAUGUUAAUACUUUCUACUUAUAUAAGCAAGUAAUUCAGCAGCUUUAUGCUAUUGGUCAGAGAAUCCUUAUUCAUUUUGCUUGUGGGCUAAUAAGUAGUUGGUAGAAAUACGUACGUAUGUAAAGUCUUGGAGGAAUGUAGUCUCGUAGAAACUAUUUUUUUCAUCUGUUGCUGUUUGCUCUUUGACCUGGCUUCUGGGUUGGAAUUGGAAAAUAGGUUUUUUGGGGUUUUUUUUCUUUUUCUUUUUCUUUUUUGAGACAGAGUCCGGUUAUGUUGCCCAAGCUGGAGUGCAGUGGCAUGAUCUCGGCUCGCUGCAACCUCCGCCUCCCGGGUUCAAGUGAUUCUCCUGCCUCAGUCUCCCAAGUAGCUGGGACUAUAGGCAUGCACCACCGUGCCCAGCUAAUUUUUGUAUUUUUAGUAGAGACAGGGUUUCACCAUGUUGGCCAGGGUGAAACGCCUGACCUCAGGUCAUGGUGAACUCCUGACCUCAGGUGAUCUGCCCGCCUUGGCCUCCCAAAGUAUUGGGAUAACAGGUGUGAGCCACUGUGCCUGGCCGUAUUAUCAUUAUCUUAAUACCUCAUUCUCUCAGUAUUUCUUUUGCUUCUGUGUUCCUGCUAUGACAGAUACAAUGGUACAACCAUAAAAACACAGGGGAUUGUGGCUGGGUGCGGUGGCUCACGCCUGUAAUCCCAGCACUUUGGGAGGCCGAGGCGGGUGGAUCACGAGGUCAGGAAAUCAAGACCAUCCUGGCUGACACAUACUGAGAGAACAGCAUGAACCCGGGAGGCGAAGCUUGCAGUGAGCUGGGAUCGCGCCACUGCACCCCAGCCUAGGCGACAGAGCGAGACUCUGUCUCAAAGAUAGAUAAAUAAAUAAAUAAAUAAAUAAUUUUUUAAAAAAGCACAGGGGAUUGUUUCCCUACUGCAUCUACUGUGGCCUAGUAUUUCAUGAGAUAAAUCUUACCUUUCAUAAGAAAAUGAAAGACAAUACUGGCUUAUCAGGCACACUCUGGGAAUUUCCUGUCACAUACAGCUGAAUACAAUCUCUCAGUAUGUGUUCAGUUAUUAUGUUUGAUUAUGUAUUAUUAAAACAAAAGUUUCUGUUUCUGAGAAAUAUCUAUUUCCUGUGUUUGUGUUUUCAAAGAAGUUGGAUUCUAUACAAAUGGAUAAAAUGUUUCUGAGAAAUAGCCUAUUUAACUGAGUUCUUCAAAUAAGUUGUGUCCUAACAAAUGACAAUCUCUAUUUUUUAUUUACUGGGAGAAUGUAUUAAAAUAUUGAAACUUAAUUGCCAAAUCAACUUGGUGACUUUAAAAAUUAUACUUCUGGGCUGGUCGCGGUGGCUCACGCCUGUAAUCCCAGCACUUUGGGAGGUCGAGGCAGGCGGAUCACGAGGUCAGGAGAUCGAGACC